AUGCGGUCUCUCUCCCUCUUCUCGCGGCAAGCGCGCCACCCCACCACGCCGCCGCCGCCGCCCUUCUCCGGCGGCGGCGGCGAGACCCCUCCGCGGCGCCGCGUCCCCAAGGAGAACGUCGACCCUUCCUCCUACUCCUCCCCGGCGCACCACCACGGCCCCGACCCGUUCCGCUCCCCGUCCUCCGCCGCCAAGCCGCUCUCCACCCGCAACCGCCCCCCGCGCCCGCCUUCCUCGAACCCGCUCAAGAGGAAGCUCGACAUCUCCUCCGCGGCGGCCCCGCCGCACGACGCCGCGCCCGCGUCGGACUCCGGCGUCCAGGUGGUGGUGAGGAUACGGCCGCCGUGCCGGGUCGACGAGGAGGAGGCGGGCGAGGAUGGUCGGGGCCCGGAGGCCUGCGUGCGAAAGACGGCGGUCAACUCGGUCGCGAUCCAGGGGCAGGACUUCACGUUCGAUGCCGUCGCCGACGCGGUCUCCACGCAGGAUGAUAUAUUUAACCUUGUUGGGCUGCCACUUGUUGAGAAUUGCUUAUCGGGUUUCAACAGCUCGAUAUUUGCCUACGGACAGACUGGCAGUGGAAAAACCUACACUAUGUGGGGGCCUCUGUCUGCGCUUUCAGAAGAUUCAGUGAACAGUGAGAGGGGGCUGACACCCCGCGUAUUUGAGCAGUUAUUCUCCCGCAUUAAAGAAGAACAAGUUAAACAUGCGGAUAAAGAGCUAACUUACAAUUGUGUCUGCUCGUUUCUUGAGAUCUACAAUGAACAGAUAACUGAUUUGCUAGAUCCCUCGCAGAAGAAUCUUCAGAUUAGAGAGGAUGUCAGAACUGCCUGUGUUUAUGUUGAAUCAUUGACGAAGCAGUAUGUUUUCACUAUGAAGGACGUAACUCAGUUGUUGGUGAAGGGCCUGGCAAAUCGAAGGACAGGGGCAACAAGUGCAAAUGCCGAUAGCUCACGCUCGCAUUGUGUUUUUACGUGUGUCAUUAAGUCCGAAUCUAAGAAUCCAGAGGAUGGCUCAAGCAGCACAAGAUCAAGCAGGAUAAACUUGGUAGAUCUUGCUGGAUCAGAGCGGCAAAAACUAACACACGCAGCUGGCGAUCGACUAAAAGAAGCUGGAAAUAUAAAUCGUUCACUUUCACAGCUCGGAAACUUGAUUAAUAUACUAGCAGAAAUAUCACAGUCUGGAAAACAAAGGCACCAUGUUCCAUAUCGUGACUCCAAGCUCACAUUUCUAUUACAAGAAUCCCUAGGAGGCAAUGCAAAACUUGCAAUGAUUUGCGCUGUUUCACCAUCCCAAAGCUGUAAGAGUGAAACAUUAAGCACACUCAGAUUUGCUCAACGUGCAAAAGCUAUCAAAAACAAUGCUGUAGUUAAUGAAGAAAAAGUUGAGGAUGUAAAUGCGCUGCGUGAGCAAAUCAGGCAGUUGAAGGACGAACUUCACCGGAUGAAGUCUAAUGGAGGCUUAGAAGGAAACAAUGGCUGCUUUGCUUCUGGAUGGAACGCUAGGCGCAGUUUGCAUCUGCUGAAAAUGAGCUUGGGUCGUCCUACAACAUUCCAAGCUAUCAAAGAAGAUAGUGAUGAGGAAAUGGAAAUUGAUGAGAAUGAUGUUGAGAAGCCCUACAAUCAUGAUAAUACGGCAGUAUCUCCUAUUAAAGGUAACAGGUCUAAACUGCAAGCUUCUAUGGAUAUAUGUGCUGGCACUUCACAUGUUGAAGUUCUUGAUGGGGAUAAGAAUUUGAUAUCAACAAAAAGGUCCUGCUGUGAUGCUAAUAAAUUUAGCGGUGGUACUGAUGUUGGAGAUGGCAAGUGCAAGUUAAACCUUGCUGCCAGUAUACAGAGGGGACUUCAUGUCAUUGAAAGUCACCAAAACAAUAGUGCAUGGAGGAGAGCAUCGGUUGGGUUAAAUGCUAGAAUCAUGGAUAUUCAGCCUUGCAAGGUUGAUGUUGCAAUUCAGACAGAUCCUGAAGAAUCUGAAGCCAGAGAUAACCCUCUAGCUCUGAUUCCAAGUUGUCUACUUGAAGCUUCUGCAAAUGAGAUUAGGGAUCCCAGUGCUUCCAGGGAUCUACAAUUAGUACCAGCUGAUGGAGCAGUACCAGCUGAUGACCAAAAGCAGCAACACUUUCUGAAAGCUGUGGAAAAGGUCUUGGCUGGAGCUAUCAGGCGAGAGAUGGCGCGUGAUGAGCAGUGUGCUAAGCAAGCUGCAGAAAUUCAACAGCUCAAUCGUCUGGUGCAACAAUAUAAGCAUGAACGCGAAUGUAAUGCUGUAAUUGCUCAAACACUGGAAGGAAAAAUUGCUAGGCUUGAGAGUCUCAUGGAUGGAACUUUACCAACUGAAGAAUUCAUGAAUGAAGAGUAUUUAUCACUUCUGAAUGAGCAUAAGAUCCUCCAAAAGAAAUAUGAAAACCAUCCGGAUGUUUUGCGUGCUGAAAUUGAAGUAAAGAGACUCCAGGAGGAAUUGGACAUGUUCAGAAACUCUGGGGAUGAGAAAGAAGUUCUACAGGAGGAGAUACAGGAUCUGAAAAAUCAGUUGCAUUAUAUGCUUUCAUCAUCAUCAUCAAUUCGUAAACUCUGGCCUCCACUGCCAUUGUCUGGGCCUGGCACAAAAGACAAGGAUGGAGAUACUGAUAUUGGGGACGCUCCUGAUUGGACUGAAGCUGAGAGUAAAUGGAUUACACUCACAGAAGAGCUUAGGCUUGAACUUGAAGCAACUAAGUCCCUUGUUGGAAAGUUGCAGUCAGAAUUGGAAUCCGAAAAGAAAUGCUCAGAGGAACUGAAGGAGGCAGUACAAACAGCAAUUCAGGGAGCUGCGAGACACCUGGAACAGUAUGCUGAUCUCCAAGAGAACCAUUUCCGUUUGCUUGCGCUGCAUAGGAGGAUGCGUGAGGGUGUUGAGGAUGUGAAGACGAGAGCAGAAAAAGCUGGUAUCAAAGGUGCCGAAUUGAGGUUCAUCAAUGCCCUUGCAGCUGAAAUAUCAGUUCUAAAAGCACAAAAUGAAGGCCUUCAGGGCCAGCUAAGGGAUACUGCCGAAGCUGUUCAAGCAGCUGGUGAAUUACUUGUACGAUUGAAGGACGCAGAGGAAGCUGAAGCACUAGCCAAGAAGCGGGCAUUGGUGGCAGAGCAGGAGACGGAGAAAGCUUAUCAGGAGAUUGACAACUUGAAAAGGAACUACGAUCAGGAAAUCCUGGCUCUAAACCAGCGUCUUAGCGAGUCCUCUCAGUCUCAGUGCAAGGAUGAUGCUGUACAGCCAGAAGAGCCUUCUCAGUCUCCUAGGUAUGACACUGCUGGUAGCCCCAGCGGCCAGCAAUGGAAGGAGGAGUUCAACACCUUGCAACAAGGCGGAUCAUUUGAGGUCUCCAAGAGCACGGACCUGAACUCGUGGUUCUACGGAUACGACAAGUGUAACAUCUGACAACGCACGGUUUAAUUUCAUUCGGUCCUAUGUUGUACCAUUAAAGUGGCGGUAGUGUAAUUUUUGUACACCUGGUAAGCAGAGAAGGGGAAGGAUGCCGGUGCCUCCUCACCGUCUUGUGAGGUGCACGCAGAUUCUUCCAGAUCCUCGACAACGUUGUAUCCUGUCUUGUAAAUCUAGAUGGACAUUUUUUUUACAUUAAAAGCGGCGACUCCGAUGUUCUAUUGCUGUAUCCCUGCAAAUAAAUCUCAAGCUGUUGGUCAGGA